AGGGAAUUGAUGGAAAAGGCCUGAGUGCACCUCAUCCUUCUUCUGAGGUGUUUUAAAAACUGCCCAGUUGACGUAUGUGCCUGGAGCCUGUAACCUGCUUCUGCCACCUGCUCCUGCCAUUAUGGAGGACCCUUUAUGAGGAGGCUGUGGCAGAGUGAAUUGUUUUGCUGGCAACAGCAGUUUUGUUCCUGAAGGUUGUCAAGAAUACAUGGCACAUACAGGUUGUAUUUGUUAUUUUGGCGACAGCAUUGUUCUCCCAUGCAUAACCUUUCCUGGGUCAGCUCCAAAAUGGGUGGGAGCUUAGAGUAAAUUUCAUUGCAGUGAAUCUGACUUCCCGGAGGCUCUGAAACUAGGGACCAGGUGUCUUAUGUUAUUUUGCCUGUGUGAACUUGGUUGUGUCUGGAUUUUAAUCUGGGGGCUCACAGAGCUGUCUAUAAAGUUGUGCUCCUCACAACCUAGUUUCUUUUUAAUGCUACAAAGCUUGCUUGUGAAACUGCACAAUUCAAAAGAGAAUCCUUGUUUAGAGUGUGAGGAGUAGAAUUUGGUUCCCAUCAGCCUGAGCAGAGUCUUGAGCAGUCCUAGGUGUGAGAAAGACUGCUGGUGUUGAUGCCAAUAAUAUGCUGCAUUAUCUUUGCACUCUUAAGUACAGCAUCAGAAACAAACCCUGCUGGGGCUCUCUGGGGUGUAUUUUGGGCUCUCAGUGCCAGGAGAUCUGCCUGAAGCCAUGAGUCAAGUGCAUAAACUCUGGAGAGGGGCAUGUUCCCAACAUUUCCUGCUGUGGUGGUUGAUGACUUGGUCUUUGUUAUGAGCUGCAUGGCUCUCCUUUUCUGCUGCACAGACUUUGAGGUUAUACUCGGGAGCCAAGUACGUGAAAAGAAGAAUAUGGAAAUUAUAGGGGACAGACAUUUUAGCAGGACCUGUUGUGAUAGGACAAGGGGUAAUGGUUUAAGCUACCCAGACUAGAAAUAAGACUAGAUCCAGACUAGAAAUAAGGAAGAAAGUUUUUAUGAUGGGCAUGAUGAGGCACUGGCACAGCUUCUGUUUGCUGAGCUCUGCCAAGAACUGGUGUAGGAAGAGGGUAAAAAGCUAGCCUGUCAUUUCUUCUAAGUGCAGCUAACAAGUAAUUUGUAAGUUCCCAUAUGAAGCUGUUUUGAGAAUGAGAAGUUCUUGUGACACAACACUCUAUUAUGAAGUUGAAAAAUAAAUGCAUCUGUAAUUACAAGGGAUUUGUCCCAUGAGAAUCAGUGAAGAAAAUAUGUAAACAAUCCAAGAAUAGAUAGAUUUGAUAAGCAAGUAAAAUGUCUUUUACUAACCAAUAGAACAAGAAAGCUAUCAACCAGUUAGAAGUUGCCUUCAAGGUUUGUAAAAACUGUAUAGAAGACAGCAUGUGGCCAUAAUUAAGGAACCUUCUGAACUUGUAUGGUGUCAUUCCUGGUGUCGUGACCGUCCCAACAACAAACUGGGAGUUCGGAGUCUUGCUGGUAUGAGCUCUUUGGCUAAGAGACUCUACUUCAAGGUUACCAUGCAAAUCUUCACAUAAUAGCUUUGGGAAAAUGCAUUGUAGCAUUAGCUGUUGCUUGUCCUACAUUUAUAUUUAUUUAGUGCACUCAGAUUGAGGAUGACUGAACAUGUGAAGCCAUCUGCGUUUGAAUGGGGGCUUACUCCUUUCUCUUCUCUUCUCUCUUACUGAAGUACAAAGUUAGAUACAUAAUAAAAGCUGUAAUCCCUUUGGUAUUUGAUUAAACUUGAAUUAAUGAAAGAUCAGGUAAUGGUUGCUUUUUUCCAAAUGGGUUCAAUGUUUUCUACAACUUCUUGAUAUUUACUCGGUGCUUGGGAAUCUUUUGGUUGUUUCUCCUGCUUUUUUCUUUUUAGCUCAGGCUCUUUGCUUGGCUAACAGCUCCCCUCAUUUGCUGUGGCCUUACCUAGUAAAAGUAGAUGCCAGUCAAAUCUGCAUUUUUUUGGUUAUACAACUGUUCUACUGUUGCUGUUCAGAAAGCAGGAGAAAAGACAGAAGAGCAAAGCAGGAGAGUAGAAAACAUUCUAUUUUUAGGACAAGAUUGGCUUAUCUCAUAUUUAUCCUAGCUAGGGGGAUAAUGUUUCCAGAGAUCUCACGUGGGCUGCAUAAGACUGAGUUAAAAUUAACUGCCCGGCAGUCUACAAGCAUGGAACCUGCACAAGAUCCACAGGAGCUGGGACCUCAGACAGAAAUGAUUGCAGACACAAUUCUUGAGGUUGGAGAGAGACUCUUCCAGGUCAGCCGUAGGGUGCUUUCAGUACACAGUCGAUAUUUUGAAGCCAUGUUUUUUGGAGGAGCAAGAGAGAGCUCUGAACAGCACAUAGUGAUCAAAGGAAUUGAUGCAAUGCCUUUUCAGACAUUACUUGAGUUCACUCGCACAGCCCAAGUGCUCAUAGGUCAAGAAAAUGUGACCAGCCUACUGGAAACAGCUGAUUUUUUUCAGUUUGACAGGGUGAAACUGUUGUGUGAGAAAUUUCUGGAGAGAGAACUGCAUGUUUCUAACUGCCUGGGCCUGAUGACCUACUCACAACAAUUUGCCUUCACAGAAUUGUAUGUGUCUGCUAUGAAUGUGGCUCUCACUCACUGGGGGGAUGUGAUAUACCAGGAAGAAUUUAAGGCAUUACCCAAGGAAAUGCUGAUGCAGCUCCUGAAAAGUGAUGACCUCUUCAUUUCAAGAGAGGAUGUGAUUUUUGACAGUAUUAUGAUUUGGAUAAUGGAGGACCCAGCAACUAGAGAGGAAGAAUUUCUGGAUUUGGUGGGCGAAGUUAGGGUCACUUUUCUGAGUUUAUCCUUCCUCGAUAUCUUGGUGAAACGCAGCAAGCGUGCUGGAGAGACAGAUACCUUUUCCAGACUAAUAAAGAAGUUAGACAGCUGUCCCCCACCCAGCUGGCAAAAUCCGAAACUGUGUCCUUAUACUGGUCGGAGCUAUGACACCUUAUAUGUCCUGGGAGGAAAGCAUGACAAGGAACAGCAAGAACUGUUUCUCUUUCAACCUAAAACAGGGAUCUGGCAGGCUUGCUCUCCACUGCAACGCAGGAACCUCACCCAGUAUGCAGUGGCAGCAGUAGGGAGCUUCCUUUUUGUGACAGGAGGAUAUUUCCGGGAUGAGUUUGUGUGGUACAGUGUGGAUUGGGUGCUUAUCUACAACUGCUUGGACAAUUGCUGGCUGGAAGGGCCAGCCAUGAAGAAAUCUCGCAAUAGCCACUGUGCAGUAGGAGUAGGACUCUACCUGUAUGUCCUUGGAGGGAGCACAGAUGAAGGGAUAACCGCAGCAGUGGAGCGCAUGGAUUUGAUGGAGUCAGAGUGGGAAAAAAUGAGUCCUAUGGCUCAGCCUGUGGAGAGGGGUGACGCAGCCAGUGUGGGAACUAGGGUCUAUGUAGUCUGUGGCCUGGAUGAGAAUGGACACGUAUAUGAUGGAGUGCAAAGGCUGAACACAGAGACAGACAGCUGGGAUGUCAUCUCAUUCUCCCCUCUUCCAAGGUAUGACCUCUGCAUCACAUCCCUGAAUGGGGCUCUGUACACUGUAGGAGGGGGAGCAUUUCGAUUUGAUGUGGAGACAGAUGAAUGGACCCAGGUGAAUGAGGAAUGCUUGACCCAAAAGUUCUUCAUGGGAUGCAGCACUGUGAAUGGACAAAUUUAUCUCCUUGGACAGAGGAAAGGAAACAGUGCCCUCCCCACUGUAGUUCUCUUUGAUCCCUACAUUGAUGUGUGCCAGGUCAUAGAUAACAAACUCCCUUGCCCCCUUCCUAUUCAUGGCUGUGUCUCUGUUCGAAGAUUUGAUAUGUAGGUAUAAGAGUGGAAGAUCAUGUGCUUUACAGCUAAAGGGAGUUAGAUUGCAUCAGCUUUGGCCUGUGAUAUUUUUGAAGUUUUGUUUCUUUGUAAUUUUACCUUUUUUUUCUACUUGAAGAACUUGAAGCAAAAGCCAGUAAAACUUUGUCUGCACAAAGGCUGAAGGUCAUUAUUGAAAAUGGUGAUUGGUAUUGUUAUGGUACAUAAACUCCUUAGGGUUGAUGCUUAAUAAAGGGCUAU